GAGUUUAGCCCUUAGUGGCAACCGAGCAAACAAACCACUUACCACAUAAGAAGAACCGUUGGCCUAACCAUAGAUAAAGACUGAAGAGCCUGCUCUGACGUGUCUGUCACCAUAUUUCCCGAAAAUACUUACUUGUUUUCCUCGCGUUUUGCUAACUGAAAAUGGACGUGGCCACAUUAUUUGACGACGUGAAGCGGAUGAACAAGCGCCAGUUCUUCUACCAGGUGUUGAGCUUCGGUAUGAUCGUGUCCUCAGCCCUGAUGAUCUGGAAGGGGCUGAUGGUAGUGACGGGCAGCGAGAGCCCCAUUGUGGUAGUGCUAUCAGGUAGCAUGGAGCCGGCUUUUCAUCGAGGCGACCUGCUCUUCCUCACCAACUACCCGGAAGAGCCAGUCCGGGUAGGCGAGAUCGUGGUGUUUAAAGUGGAGGGACGCGACAUUCCCAUUGUCCACCGAGUGCUCAAGCUGCAUGAAAAGAACAACAGCACUGUGAAGUUUCUGACCAAAGGGGACAACAACAGCGUGGACGACAGGGGCCUGUACGCUCCUGGUCAGCUCUGGCUCACGAAGAAGGACUUGGUGGGUCGCGCCCGCGGCUUUCUGCCCUACGUUGGUAUGGUCACCAUCCUCAUGAACGAGUACCCCAAGUUCAAGUGCGCAGUGCUGGCCUGUUUGGGGCUCUACGUGCUGAUGCACAGAGAGUGAUGGAACUGUACCCACUGUUCAGCUUGGUGAAUGGGGGUCCCGAUGCCCAGUUUGUAUAUAUUGAAGCACGAUGUUUUUUUUACAUUUGUAUGGAUUAGCAAGCAAAAACACCUGGAGAAUAGUUUUGACUAAUAAAUUCAUGGUUCUUUUUGUA